CCUUUUUAGGUCAAAGCAUCCCCCAAGAUGUGUCCGGGCAGGGAUCACAGAGCAUCUCUUGACGAUCUCCUCCCAGCACUGUGCUUGUUCCAAGUGCCUUUCGCCAAGGUUUUUUGUGUAGGGGGAGAGGGCGAUGCUCCCAUAUCCUGGGGUGUGCCCCAACCUUGCUGUGAUGUCAUGGGUUCCUUUUUGUACUGAAAGAUGCUGUUCCAGUCUCUGGAGAAGCUUCAGAAGGAGAAGGCAAAUGAGCAGGACGUGAUGGAAGCAAUGGACAUGAAGGCGGACAAAGCUGCCUUGGGCAGCAAAGUCAAUUGCAGCCAAUUUGAAGAGAACAUGGAAGAGCUGGAUGAGAGGAUGCAGGAGUUGCAGAGCCAGAUUUCAGGCCAGGAGGAGCACUGGAACAAUAUGCAGCGUCAGUUCCGCGAUGCAAUUGAAGAGAAGCUGGAUCGCCUGGAGCUGAAGGCUUUCCGUAAGCACAUUGACGAGGCCUGGAGCAGGAAUAUUGAGGAACUUGAGAACAGGCUGUUGCAUGAAAACGCUGCUGGGAUUAAGAAGUGAGUGUGAUGCAGAUUCUGAAGGCUUUGGGGACAGUAACGGUCCCAUUCCCUCCAGCUGUCCCACACGCUCCCCGUGUGCUCCCCUGCCUUGGGACCAAUUCAGCUGCUCAAUGAACCAUGGGGAUGCUGAUGAAGCAGCUGCACCUUCUCCUUCCACCAGC